GAUUUAGAAAUUUUAUUGCAAAUUCAAUUUCAGUUCAACUCAAUCAACUCAUAAAUGUUGUACACAUUUAACUAUUAUUAAUUUUCAGUAUUGACAUUGGUGUACGGGACCAAAAACAUCAGGAUGCCGACACUAUUUUGCUCGACGAAAGCGGAAAUCCUUUACAUGCAAUGUCGUAGUUAGACAUGACGAAAGACAUGAACGUCUGGGGAGCAUUUUUUCUAACGCCAAACGUGUGAGCCUUUCUAGCAAGGUCUAUAAAGUCAUGCUCACCCUUGGAAAAUUUCUAAAUCCCAUCUAAUCCCAAAAAGGUGAUUACGAGGGUUUGCUUAUAAAAUCUUUGAUUGGCUAAUCUAUAAUCUAAAACAAAUAUGGCGGAUUUAACUCUCGUCUUUCGUCUUUCAAAAGUUUUAAUUGACGAUAUAUUUUCUUACUUGGAACAACAGAAUGUUUUCUGUUAGGAUUGUAGAUGUAGAUUUUUACUUGGGAAAACCUAUAGAUGGCUUAGAUUUCUUUUCUAAAUUUCGCGAGGCGAAUGUUAACCGUGUUCCAGUUUUGAGGAUAUUUGGCUCAACUCCUGGUGGACAGAAAACUUGUGUUCAUAUUCAUCAAGUAUUUCCUUACUUAUACAUACCUUACGAUGUAACUAAACCCUCAGAUAAAUAUCUGAAACAAUUUAGGACAAGUGUAGACUUUGCUGUUCAAGUUGCGUUUGGUAGAACAUCAUCUUCUAUGAAAUAUGUUCAUAAAACUGAAAUUGUUAAGAAAAUACCAUUUUAUGGUUAUCAUGAGAACGAAGAAGAGUUUAUUAAGAUGGAGUUGUACAAUCCAAGAAUAAUUCCCAAAAUGGAGCUAUAUUGAACAAGUCAUUUCAACCACACGAAGCUCAUGUUCCUUAUGAUCUAC